UGAUCGGCAGAGAUUGGAACCCGAUCACCGCGCACACAGAGCAUGUCUGCGCCAAGCAGCUCGUAGCUUAGUGCAGAGUUGCGCGACGCAGUUUACAGGAACCCCAUCAAGGAGACCCCGCUAAAGGAUGACAGAAGACCGAGCCGGGAAGGAGCCCGACACGGCUGAGGACCCCGAGCCCGCGGUACCGCUGGAGGACUCUGAGCUGAACCCCGAGGAGAAGUGUCUGACCGGGCCGGAGCAGCAGCAGCAGUGCGGCGGAGAUGGAGAGAAAGAGCCCGAGUUUGAGCACCCCGAGGGCGGCUGGGGCUGGGUGGUCAUGCUCGCCUCUAUGUGGUGUAACGGGUCUGUGUUCGGAAUCCAGAACGCUUUCGGAAUCUUAUUUGUGUCCCUGCUGAAAGAGUUCGGAUCCGAGGACGAUGAGGACCUGCGCUUCAGGACAGCGUGGGUGGGCUCUCUGUCCAUGGGGAUGAUAUUUUUCUGCUCCCCAAUUGUCAGCGUGUUUACAGACAUUUACGGCUGCAGGAUCACGGCAGUGGGCGGGGCUGCAGUUGGUCUCAUCGGCCUGUUCGCCAGUUCAUUUGUCAAGUCUCUGGGCGUUCUGUACUUCACGUACGGUGUGGUGUUUGCGUGCGGCUGUUCGUUCGCGUAUCAGCCGAGCCUCGUCAUCCUCGGACAUUACUUUAAGAAGCGUUUGGGUUUGGUGAAUGGUGUGGUGACGGCAGGGAGCAGCAUCUUCACGGUGUCUCUGCCGCCGGUGCUGUCGUCCCUGCUGCUCCACCUCGGCCUGCACAGCACCCUGCGCGUCCUCUCCAUCUUCAUGCUCGGGCUCAUGCUGGCUGGAUUCACCUACAAGCCCCGCCUCCCACAGAGCAUGGAGUCGAAGAAGUCCUCGUUAAAGAGGGUCUGUAAUGUCCAGAUCUGGAGGAGUCUGAGUUACAAGAUCUGGGCUUUCGGAAUUCCGGCCGCACUCUACGGAUACUUUGUCCCCUACGUCCACCUGAUGAAUCAUGUCAAGGAGCGUUUUGGCAAAGAUGUGAAUAAGGAGGUGUUACUGAUGUGUCUUGGCAUCACGUCUGGUGUGGGACGUCUCUUCUUUGGCCGAGUGGCUGACUACGUCCCUGGCGUGUACAAAGUCUUCCUGCAGGUGAUGUCGUUCAUGGUGAUCGGCGUGAUGUCGAUGUUGAUCCCGGUGUGUAAUGUGUUCGGUGGUCUGGUUGCUGUGUGUUUACUGAUGGGGCUGUUUGACGGAUGUUUUAUCUGCAUCAUGGCUCCCAUCGCCUUCGAACUGGUCGGCCCCGACAAUGUGUCUCAGGCCAUCGGCUUCCUGCUGGGCAUGAUGUCUGUGCCCAUGACUGUGGGUCCCCCUGUUGCAGGAUACCUCAGAGAUCGCCUGGGCAGUUAUGACCUGGCGUUCUACCUGGCGGGGAUUCCUCCUCUGAUUGGUGGAGCCAUGUUGUGUCUGAUCCCCUGGGUGGAGCAGAGGAAGAAGAGGAAUAAAACUGACGACAGUACGGCACAGAGCAUGCUCACACGCCCUCUCUCUCACAGUGACCUGGAGAAGAACGACAAGCUCAGUGCUGAGGCCUGAGUCUCUCUCUCACACACACACACAGAUGUGGCACUUCUGUACACAGCGGUUUAUUUGUUUAACUCUUAGUGAGGACCGAAUGUCCCCACAGAGACGGGAGGAUCUGACAGUUCAACUUAUUUUCAUGAGGAAAUCUUUUUAAGCAAAAAUUGCAGCUUUUAUUUAAAAACUGAAAGAUUUCAUUUUAAGGUUAGGUUUGGAUUUAAGGCAUUAAUUAGCUGCAUUAAUAACUCCAUCAGUGGAAGAUCCUCACAAAGAUAGGAAGGCGUGUGUGCUCUGUUUUAUUCAGAACUUUUACAAUAUAAUAAAUAUAUUUAAUGAAACUAUACGAUUAAACGAAUCAUGGACCUUGAACUAUAAAUCAGUUAAAAUAGAUUGUUUAAAUAAAAUUAAUGGGAUCCGUUUUUUUUUUUUUUUUUUUUUUUUUUUUAAAAUCUAUGCAAAAAGUUUUACUCAACUUUAUAUGUGCGUAUUAGGAGAUAGGAAUAUUUAUGUUGGAUUUAAUUAAAAAAGGUUAUUUUAAACAUCGGAUCCAAAGAAAAUGCUAAUCACAGAACCCGAUUCCUAAGCUGUGUAAUAUAUAAAAGUCGCACUGUCUUAUUUUAAAACUGGAUUAAAGGCAGUGGCGAAUCGUUAAAGGGAUUUAAACACAAUUUAGCUUUAGCUCUUCGGUUGCUUUUAUUUUUCUUGAGGACUGAACUCGGUCAUGGGAAAAGUCAUUUCUCUAUGCAAUAUGGCUACAGAUAUCACUGUUUUUACACUACAUGCUGCUGGUAACAUUCAGGGACUGAAUUAGGUGUGAACUCUAAAACUGAAGGAAAAGUAGCACAGCUCGCUUUAUCAAGUGCCUCGUUCAGCUUUUUUGCUAAAAAACUGUAUUGUAGAUGAUGAGUCUUCACUGCACAGAUUAAUGCAUCGUUUUCCAUUAAAUGGUUAUGAAGCGCGCCGUGUCGCUGUGGGUAACGCCGGGCACGUGUACGUGAGGAGGCUGCCUGAGCAGGGGACAUUUCUGGACAGAGACAGAACAGAAAAAACAAACGUUGGGAUCAGAACCAACCGAGCUCCCUUAUUAGGCUGCCUACUCUAACAGGCGUGGACAGAUUUGUUGGUACCGUUCCAUCGAAAAAGAACCAAGAACCCACGACUCUCUGUGAAAUAAGUAGGAACUGACAACGGCAUGCAGCAUUGUUUAUUUCAUGUUUAAUACAAAUCAGACUGCUUUUGAUUUUUGGUUUAACUGAAUAUUUUGCAUCACAAAAUGGCAAAAUAUUUAAAGAACCUUACAGACAAGCAGGUUAAAGGCAAAGACUAGAUCAUCUCCAAGCAGCUCGAUGUUCCUGAGACUGCAGCUCCAAAUAUUAUCCCACUCUUCCUGAGCAAACUGCUCGGAAGGGUUCCUCAGAUCAGGGCUCAUAGAAGGCCACUUCAGAGUAGUCCAGUGUUUUUUGCUCUUCACUGUUCUUGAGUGCUGUUUGCUGUGUGUUUGGGUCUUUAUCCUGUUGGAGGACCCAUGACCAGCGACUGAGACUGCGCAAUCUGAUACUGGGUAGGACGUUUCGCUCCAGGAUUCCUCGAUAGUCUUGAGAUUUCAUCGAGUCCUGUAGAGAUUCAAGGCAUGCCGUGCCCCAAAUCAUAACCAAGCCCCCUCUGGGUUUCACACCACAGCUUUCUUUGAAAGCUUCACUUGUUCUUCUGUGGACAGAGAGAGAGCUGACGUGACUUGCCAAUCAGCUUGAGUUUCCACAGGACAUGUUCCCAGGAGCACUGUGGCUCAUCAAUAUACAUUAUUGUCUUUUAAAGUUGUUCUUCCAACAAUGGAGUCCUUCUGGAUCUUCUUCCAUUGAGCCCGCUGUCGCUCAGAAAGUAACAGAUGGUGCAAUCGGACAUUGAUGUCCCUUGACCUUGGAGCUCAACUUUUAUCUCUUUGGAAGUUGUCCUUGGCUGUUUGUAGGGCUGAACGAUUUUAAGAUUUUAACGAUUUUAAUGUUUAUUAACGUUGAGUGCCUGAGGAACAAGUUAUAAUAACUUAAAAUAAAAAGAGAGCCAUCUUUCUUAAGUAAACUUUUUUUUGCUUCUUUUACUUUUCCCAUCUACAACAUAGACAUAAAAAAAGGUUGAUCAAUGGCUCAGCAGCAUCAAAAUAUUGCACUUUUGUAAAAGAAAGCAUUAUAAAUUAUAACAAACAACAAAGUAGAGCAAAAAAGUCUGACCUUAAAAGUAGUGCAAGAAUGGCUCAAGGGAGCUAGCUUAUGAACAUUAACGACAUCAGCAGCAGUUACAGAAACUCAACCCCUGUACUCAGAAGCCUGUGAUUCUUUUUCACACAGUGGCAAGAGGAAAUGAAAUGUAAUGGUAGUAAAAAUAAAACAUAAUAAAAAAAAAAA